GCACAUGCCUCAUUUGCACAGACCACUGCUCAAACAAAUCAAAAACUCCGCCGAAGCGCACAUCGUACUCGACUGUUCCACCGAUAAAAUUUACGAAGUACUCAAGCAAGCUCAACAGAUUGGCAUGAUGAGCGAUUACCAUAGCUAUCUCAUUACUUCACUCGACCUGCAUACCAUCAACGUAGACGAAUUCCGUUAUGGUGGCACGAAUAUAACCGGAUUUCGUCUGAUUAACGAAAAAGUCGUCUCGGAUGUGGUACGUCAGUGGAGUUUUGAUGAUAAAGGUUUACAACGCUCAGCUAAUUUGAGUACGGUGAGGGCGGAGACAGCGCUCAUGUAUGAUGCAGUACAUCUAUUCUCUAAAGCGCUGCAUGAUUUGGAUACAUCACAGCAAAUAGACAUACAUCCCAUUAGUUGUGAUGGACAGAAUACCUGGCUUUGGGGCAUUACAGAACUCGAAGUAAAACUGCCAUACAACGAUUAUGCUGGCUUUGAACCGACAUCCAUGGGUGGACAACGAAAGCUCGGGGCGCCAACGAACAAAAUCGAAGAAUCAAGUGUCUGCACUCGGUAUGAACAACUGGCGUAA